GGAUGGACUGUCCAGAUUAGAACUGAAACAAUUGGUUGAUUAAUUGAUUAGUCACUACACAGAAUCUGCUAAUUUGGUAAUCCCUUAAUUGUUUCAAUCAUACUUUCAUUAAAAAUGGUGAUCAGAAACAAAACAAUGAGCAAAUUAAUCAAUAAUGAAAAUAACUGUUAGCUGUAGCUUUAGUACUGAUACCAGUAAUACCGUUUUGAUAUUUAACCACAUUUCUGUUUGCCUCUGAUAUGUCUUUGUCAUUUAUUUUUUCACAAUUUCCAAUGUUUUACAGGAUGAGCGAAACCAAAUUUUGACUGCAUAUUUAUGGAUACGGCAAGUGUGGGUUGAUGCACACCUCAAAUGGAAUAAAGAUGAUUACGAUGGACUUGAUACCAUCCGCAUACCUAGUAGUUAUGUAUGGAGACCUGAUAUAGUCCUAUAUAACAACGCAGACGAUCAUUUCACAGGCCCCAUGGACACCAAUGUGGUGAUCCGACACGAUGGCCAGAUAAUGUGGGAUUCCCCAGCUAUCACCAAGAGCUCUUGCAAAGUGGAUGUGUCUUUCUUCCCCUUCGAUGCUCAGCAGUGCAGGUUCACCUAUGGCUCCUGGACCUACAAUGGUAACCAGCUGGACAUCCAGAAUGCCAUGGACAGCGCAGACCUGGCUGACCUGGUGGAGAAUGUGGAAUGGGAGGUGCUGGGCAUGCCGGCCAAGAGGAACAUUAUUCUGUACGGCUGCUGUGCUGACCCUUACCCAGAUGUGACCUACACACUGAAACUGAAGAGAAAAGCUUCCUUUUAUGUCUUCAACUUGCUCAUACCAUGUGUGAUGAUCUCUUUCCUGGCUCCACUGGGCUUUUACCUGCCUGCUGACUCUGGCGAGAAGGUGUCUUUGGGAGUCACUGUGAUGUUGGCCCUCACUGUCUUUCAGCUGUUGGUUGCAGAGAUCAUGCCACCCUCUGAGAAUGUACCUCUAAUUGGAAAGUAUUACAUUGCAACCAUGACCAUGAUCACAGCCUCCACUGCCCUGACCAUCUUCAUCAUGAACAUACACCACUGUGGCCCAGAUGCCAAGCCUGUUCCUAAGUGGGCCAAGAAAGUCAUUCUGCAGUACAUGGCCAGAAUGUGCUUUGUUUAUGAAGUUGGGGAAAACUGCAUGUCGCCGCAGCCGGAGAAGCAGGAGCCUCCACCUGUAAAGAACACCAACUGCACCAUGAACGGUCAGGCAGGACCAGGCAGAGAGGACUGCGUCUUCAAAAUGGAGAGAGUACAAGAGACAGUGGGCUCCUUGGGUGCAGAGGAGAGGGAAGACACGGAUCAGAUGAUGAGUCCGAUUGGCUCGAUGGGGAAGAACCCGACCAACCACUACAGCACAUGGAAACAUGGUGUUUUCAUGAGCAUGGACUGUGGAGAUUCGGGGGGUCCGAGGAGAUGUAGGAAGGGGGGUGUGAGCGACGGAGAGGGAAAAGACAAAGAGGGCACCUGCAACUCUCAAAGCAAUGAGAUGCAGCUGCUUCGUAACAUUGAGUACAUAGCCAACUGUUACAGAGAUCAGAGGGCCACACAGAAAAGGACUGGGGAGUGGAAGAAGGUAGCCAAAGUUUUAGACCGCUUCUUCAUGUGGAUAUUUUUCAUAAUGGUGUUUUUCAUGAGCCUGCUCAUCAUGGGCAAGGCCAUCUAACUUCAGAACUGUUGAGAAGCUGGUGUUAACUGGUGUACAUAACACAAAGAUCAUUACAGGGUAGCACAUAAGUCAUUAAGUACUAUAUUUUAUCCAGUAAUUUGAUUAACUUUCAGAUUUCCAACCCUCUUAUAAAUGGUUCAUUAUGGAGGCCAUGUCACCACCCACCCCCACUGCAGUCCUAAUUAUAAGUAGAAUUAAAUCUUUGAUAAAGUUCAUGUUUAUGGAUUUUGUUGUUGACAACUUACAUUUCCUUACUUUCAUCCUAAUACUGUUAUUGGCACAGCUAAGAAAGGUUUGUUGUCAAAAUAAUACAUUUUGCUACUGGUGGUACUUCCACAAUUUUGUGCUUUUAUUUGAAAUAAAUUAUAUGCUUAUUA